CUGCCGCAGCAAUAAAGGACGCGGCCGCCGCCUCCUCCUCCCGGCCGCCCUCCGGCUUGCACCCGCUCACGGACUAAAUGGCAAAAUAGGACUCAGCAUGGCAGCCAUGGUCCCGCCAGUGAAACUGAAAUGGCUCGAGCAUUUGAACAGCUCCUGGAUCACAGAAGACAGUGAAUCCAUCGCUACAAGAGAAGGAGUCUCCGUCUUGUAUUCCAAACUCCUCAGCAAUAAAGAAGUAGUACCCCUGCCUCAACAGGUCUUGUGCCUCAAAGGACCCCAGCUACCGGAUUUCGAACGCGAUUCUCUCUCGAGCGAUGAACAGGACCACUAUUUGGAUGCCCUUCUUAGCAGCCAGCUGGCACUGGCUAAGAUGGUUUGUUCGGAUUCCCCAUUUGCCGGAGCCCUUCGGAAACGACUGCUCGUCCUGCAACGCGUUUUUUAUGCACUUUCUAAUAAGUACCACGACAAAGGCAAAGUGAAGCAGCAGCAGCAUUCGCCCGAGAGCAGUUUUGGUUCAGCGGACGUCCAUUCCGUUAGCGAACGUCCCCGAUCCAGUACGGACGCCCUCAUAGAGAUGGGGGUCAGAACCGGACUGAGCUUAUUGUUUGCACUACUCAGGCAGAGUUGGAUGAUGCCCGCUUCCGGACCCGGCCUCAGCCUUUGCAACGACGUGAUCCACACCGCCAUCGAAGUUGUGAGUUCUUUGCCACCGUUAUCGCUAGCCAACGAGAGCAAAAUUCCACCCAUGGGUUUGGACUGCUUAUCCCAAGUCACGACGUUUCUCAAAGGGGUCACGAUCCCCAAUUCGGGGGCGGACACUUUAGGCCGGAGACUAGCAUCUGAGCUGCUUCUCGGCUUGGCGGCCCAACGCGGGUCACUGAGGUACCUUCUGGAAUGGAUUGAGAUGGCUCUGGGCGCCUCAGCGGUUGUCAGUGCCAUGGAGAAAAGCAAACUGGUGCCAAGCCUGGAGGGGAUGAUCAGCUUUGACUGCUUUAUGAACAUUUUAAUGCAGAUGAGGCGCUCUUUGGGUUCAUCUGCUGAUCGGAGUCAGUGGAGGGAGCCAACAAGAACUUCUGAUGGUUUAUGCUCUCUCUAUGAGGCAGCUCUGUGUUUAUUUGAAGAGGUUUGCCGAAUGGCCUCUGAUUACUCGAGAACCUGUGCUAGCCCAGAUAGCAUACAAACCGGUGAUACACCCAUCGUUUCUGAAACUUGUGAAGUGUAUGUUUGGGGUAGUAAUAGCAGUCAUCAGUUGGUAGAGGGUACCCAAGAGAAAAUACUGCAGCCUAAACUGGCACCAAGUUUUUCUGAUGCACAGACAAUUGAAGCUGGACAAUAUUGCACUUUUGUAAUUUCUACGGAUGGUUCUGUUAGAGCCUGUGGUAAAGGCAGCUAUGGGAGAUUAGGACUUGGUGACUCCAAUAAUCAAUCUACCUUGAAAAAGUUGACAUUUGAACCUCACAGAUCCAUUAAAAAAGUGUCGUCUUCUAAAGGAUCGGAUGGUCACACAUUAGCUUUUACAACAGAAGGGGAAGUCUUUAGUUGGGGCGAUGGUGAUUAUGGAAAAUUGGGACAUGGAAAUAGUUCAACCCAAAAAUAUCCGAAGCUCAUCCAGGGGCCUCUUCAAGGAAAGGUAGUGGUUUGUGUGUCAGCUGGAUACAGACAUAGCGCAGCCGUCACUGAAGAUGGUGAAUUGUAUACUUGGGGAGAAGGCGACUUCGGAAGAUUAGGACAUGGAGACAGCAACAGCCGGAACAUUCCAACUUUAGUCAAAGACAUUAGCAAUGUAGGAGAGGUCUCCUGUGGCAGCUCACACACAAUUGCCUUGUCCAAAGAUGGAAGAACUGUCUGGUCUUUUGGAGGAGGAGACAAUGGCAAACUUGGCCAUGGUGAUACCAACAGAGUGUAUAAACCUAAAGUCAUAGAAGCUUUACAAGGAAUGUUCAUUAGAAAAGUUUGUGCCGGGAGCCAGUCUUCACUUGCUUUGACAUCCACAGGACAGGUCUAUGCUUGGGGCUGCGGUGCUUGUCUAGGCUGCGGUUCUUCAGAAGCUACUGCUUUAAGACCUAAGCUUGUUGAAGAAUUGGCAGCUACAAGAAUCGUGGAUAUCUCUAUCGGAGACAGUCACUGCUUAGCCCUUUCUCAUGAUAAUGAAGUUUAUGCUUGGGGUAACAAUUCUAUGGGGCAGUGUGGUCAAGGGAAUUCCACGGGUCCUAUUACUAAACCAAAGAAAGUAAGUGGUUUAGAUGGAGUAGCAAUUCAGCAGAUUUCAGCUGGAACGUCGCAUAGUCUGGCAUGGACUGCUCUUCCCAGGGACAGACAAGUUGUCGCAUGGCACCGACCUUAUUGCGUAGAUCUCGAAGAGAGUACUUUUUCACAUCUGCGUUCGUUCCUUGAGCGAUAUUGUGAAAAAAUCAACAGUGAAAUUCCUCCUCUUCCCUUCCCCUCAUCAAGGGAACAUCACAGUUUUCUUAAAUUGUGCCUCAAGUUGCUGUCAAACCAUCUUGCCCUUGCUCUUGCUGGAGGAGUAGCUACGAGCAUUCUUGGAAGGCAAGCUGGGCCACUUCGCAAUUUACUCUUUAGACUGAUGGAUUCCUCUGUCCCAGAUGAAAUACAAGAGGUUGUAAUUGAGACUCUGUCAGUUGGGGCGACGAUGCUGCUACCUCCCUUAAGAGAGCGAAUGGAAUUAUUGCAUUCUCUUCUACCCCAGGGACCUGACAGAUGGGAAAGCCUAUCUAAAGGACAGAGAAUGCAAUUGGAUAUUAUCCUGACAAGUUUACAGGAUCAUACACAUGUAGCCUCCCUACUUGGUUAUAGUUCACCCUCCGAUGCUCCUGAAGCAUCCUCAACUUGCAUUAGCUAUGGAACCCUGUCUGACCAACCCUACGGCCCGCCAAGCAGUCAUCCGGAUACUCAUCUGGCAGAAAUUUUAAUGAAGACUCUUCUAAGAAAUCUGGGAUUUUAUACAGAUCAAGCAUUUGGUGAAUUGGAAAAAAACAGUGAUAAAUUUUUACUUGGGACAUCGUCGUCUGAAAACAGCCAGCCCGCUCAUCUUCAUGAAUUGCUGUGCUCUUUGCAGAAACAACUGUUGGCGUAUUGCCAUAUCAACAGUGUUAGUGAGAAUUCUAGCAGUGUGGCACUGCUACACAAACAUCUUCAGCUCUUGCUGCCCCAUGCCACAGACAUCUAUUCACGCUCUGCAAAUCUCCUGAAGGAAAGUCCUUGGAAUGGCAGUGUUGGGGAAAAACUGAGAGAUGUAAUUUACGUAUCCGCUGCCGGCAGCAUGCUCUGCCAGAUUGUUAACUCUUUACUUUUACUGCCCGUGUCAGUGGCUCGGCCCCUGUUGAGUUACCUUCUGGAUCUUUUACCACCUCUCGACUGCCUUAAUAGACUGUUGCCCGCUGCUGCACUUUUAGAAGACCAAGAGCUACAGUGGCCUCUUCACGGUGGUCCAGAGCUGAUUGACCCCGCGGGAGUGCCGCUACCCCAGCCUGCUCAGUCUUGGGUGUGGCUCGUAGAUCUGGAGAGAACCAUCGCUCUGCUUAUUGGACGGUGCCUUGGCGGCAUGCUUCAGGGCUCUCCGGUCUCUCCGGAGGAACAAGACACCGCGUAUUGGCUGAAAACACCACUUUUCAGUGACGGCGUAGAGAUGGAUACUCCUCAUUUAGACAAGUGCAUGAGUUGCCUGUUGGAUGUAGCCCUUUCCGGAAAUGAAGAACAGAAGCCAUUCGAGUAUAAAUUACAGCCUGAAAUUGCAGUCUUUGUUGAUUUAGCUUUGGGUUGUACCAAAGAACCAGCCCGAAGUCUCUGGAUCACCAUGCAAGAUUAUGCUCUUAGUAAAGAUUGGGACAGCGCAACUUUAAGUAAUGAGUCACUUCUGGAUACUGUGUCUAGAUUUGUUCUUGCGGCUCUUCUGAAACACACAAAUUUACUUAGUCAGGCAUGUGGGGAGAGCAGGUAUCAGCCUGGUAAAUCUUUGGCAGAAGUAUAUCGCUGUGUGUACAAAGUUCGAAGUCGUUUGCUGGCUUGCAAGAAUAUGGAACUUAUUCAAACUAGAUCAUCAUCGAGAGACAGAUGGAUUUCAGAAAACCAGGAUUCUGCAGAUGUUGACCCGCAGGAACAUUCUUUUACUCGAACCAUUGAUGAGGAAGCCGAAAUGGAGGAACAAGCAGAGAGAGACAGAGAAGAGGGCCAUCCGGAGCAGGAAGAUGAAGACGAGGAAAGGGAGCAUGAAGUUAUGACAGCUGGCAAAAUCUUUCAAUGUUUCCUAUCAGCCCGGGAAGUAGCUCGCAGCCGCGAUCGAGAUAGGAUGAACACGGGGGCAGGGACGGGGACUCGAGUUGAUGAUCCGCCUCCUCAGUCCCAGCAGGAGCGAAGGGUCAGCACGGACCUGCCGGAGGGGCAGGAUGUUUAUACCGCGGCGUGCAACUCCGUGAUCCACCGGUGUGCCUUGUUGAUCUUAGGAGUGAGCCCCGUUAUUGAUGAGCUUCAAAAGCGGAGGGAGGAAGGCCAGUUACAGCAACCUUCAACGAGUACCCCUGAAGGGGUCGGACUGAUGACUAGGAGUGAAAGUCUUACUGCAGAGAGUCGCUCAGUCCACGCUAGUCCAAAUUAUAGACUGAUCAAAUCGAGGAGUGAAUCUGAUUUAUCUCAGCCAGAAUCAGAUGAAGAAGGUUACUCACUGAGUGGGAGACGAAAUGUUGAUUUGGACCUCGCAUCUUCUCAUAGAAAGAGGGGACCCGUACACAGUCAAGCAGAACCCCUGAGUGACUCCUGGGCUCGUCUAAAACAUAGCCGAGACUGGUUGGGCAGCGCCUCGUAUUCAUUCGAGUCUGAGUUUGACCUCACGAAAUCCCUGGGAGUUCAUACGCUGAUAGAAAACGUCGUCAGCUUUGUGAGCGGAGAUGUGGGGAAUGCCCCAGGCUUUAAGGAGCCAGAUGAAAGUAUGUCUACAAGCCCCCAGGCUUCUAUCAUUGCUCUGGAACAGCAGCAGCUAAGGGCAGAGCUUCGCCUAGAGGCCCUUCAUCAGAUCCUAGUUCUGCUGUCUGGGAUGGAGGAAAAAGGCAGUGCGCCAGCAGUAGGAAACAGACAGGGAACAGGAUUUCAGUCGUCUUCACUCCUUACGUCUGUUAGAAUGCAGUUUCUAGCCGGAUGUUUUGGUCUGGGUACAGUAGGCCAUAUGGGAGCCAAAGGAGAGAGCGUCCGAUUACACCAUUAUCAGGAUGGCAUCAGAGCUGCAAAGAGAAGUAUUCAGAUUGAAAUCCAAGUGGCUGUUCAUAAAAUUUAUCAGCAAUUAUCUGCUACUUUGGAGAGAGCCCUUCAAGCAAAUAAGCAUCAUAUUGAAGCUCAGCAGCGUCUUCUUUUGGUAACCGUCUUUGCUCUAAGUGUCCAUUAUCAACCAGUUGACGUUUCUUUGGCAAUUUCCACUGGUUUGCUAAAUGUACUAUCGCAGCUGUGUGGUACAGACACCAUGCUAGGUCAACCCAUGCAAUUAUUACCGAAAACUGGUAUUUCCCAGCUCAGCACUGCUUUGAAAGUAGCCAGUACAAGACUACUACAGAUUCUCGCCAUCACUACUGGGACGUACGCCGAUCAGUUGAGCCCCAAAGUAGUGCAAUCUUUGCUGGAUCUGCUGUGCAGUCAGUUGAAGAACUUACUGUCACAAGCUGGGGUCUUGCUUUUGGUUUCCUUUGGAGAAGAAGGAGAAGAGGAAGAAGAGGGAGGGGAAGAAAAAAAGGCAGAUUCAAGUGGAGAGAAUGAGAAGAAAGACUUCAGAGCUGCUCUCCGAAAACAGCAUGCCGCUGAAUUACACCUAGGGGAUUUUUUAGUCUUUCUACGGAGAGUUGUUUCCUCGAAAGCUAUUCAAUCAAAAAUGGCAUCCCCUAAAUGGACCGAAGUGCUUCUUAACAUUGCAUCUCAGAAGUGUUCUUCAGGUAUCCCCCUGGUUGGCAACUUAAGGACAAGGCUCCUGGCACUUCACGUUCUCGAAGCCGUGCUGCCCGCUUGCGAAUCUGGUGUGGAAGAUGAUCAAAUGGCUCAGGUGGUGGAGCGGUUGUUUUCCCUUCUGUCGGAUUGUAUGUGGGAAACACCAAUUGCUCAAGCCAAACACGCUAUUCAGAUUAAGGAAAAGGAGCAGGAAAUGAAGUUACAGAAGCAAGGAGAAUUGGAGGAAGAAGAUGAGAACCUUCCAAUUCAAGAAGUGUCUUUUGACCCAGAGAAAGCCCAAUGCUGCUUAGUAGAAAAUGGGCAGAUUUUGACUCAUGGGAGUGGCGGGAAAGGCUAUGGGUUAGGAUCAACUGGAGUCACUUCUGGAUGCUAUCAAUGGAAGUUUUACAUCGUCAAGGAAAAUCGAGGUAAUGAAGGCACAUGUGUUGGAGUCUCUCGCUGGCCAGUGCAUGAUUUUAACCAUCGCACGACCUCCGAUAUGUGGCUGUAUAGAGCCUACAGUGGUAACCUCUAUCAUAAUGGAGAACAGACUCUGACACUGUCCAGCUUUACUCAAGGAGAUUUCAUCACCUGUGUGCUAGACAUGGAGGCCAGAACUAUUUCCUUUGGGAAAAAUGGAGAGGAGCCUAAACUUGCUUUCGAAGAUGUGGAUGCAGCAGAAUUAUAUCCUUGUGUAAUGUUCUAUAGUAGCAAUCCAGGAGAAAAGGUAAAGAUUUGUGAUAUGCAGAUGCGUGGUACUCCAAGGGACCUGCUUCCCGGCGACCCCAUCUGCAGCCCCAUGGCCACAGUGCUGGCCGAGGCCACGAUUCAGUUAAUCCGUAUCCUUCACCGGACGGAUCGGUGGACCCACUGCAUUAAUAAAAAAAUGAUGGAAAGGCUACAUAAAAUCAAGACCUGCGUUAAAGAGACAGGCCAGAAGCUCAAGAAAAGUCGCUCGGUUCAAAGCCGCGAGGAAAGCGAGCAGAGGGAAGAGAGAGAGAGCAGAGAGGAGGAGAAAGGUAAACACAGUAGGCACGGCCUUGCCGACCUCUCAGAACUCCAGCUGAAGACGCUCUGCUUAGAGGUGUGGCCGGUACUUGCCGUGAUAGGCGGAGUUGAUGCCGGUCUUCGAGUCGGAGGCCGGUGCAUCCACAAGCAGACCGGGCGGCAUGCCACGUUACUUGGCGUGGUCAAAGAGGGCAGUACGUCGGCUAAGGUCCAGUGGGAUGAAGCAGAAAUCACCAUCAGCUUCCCAACUUUUUGGUCGCCUAGUGAUACUCCAUUGUAUAAUCUGGAAUCGUGUGAACCGCUGCCCUUUGAUGUUGCAAGAUUUCGGGGACUGACAGCUUCCGUGCUCCUGGAUCUAACGUACCUGACCGGUAUUCAUGAAGACAUGGGAAAACAAAGCGCCAAGCGACAUGAAAAGAAGCACCGCCAUGAAUCUGAGGAAAAGGGGGACAUUGAGCAGAAAACAGAGAGUGACACUGCCCCAGAGGUGCGAUCUGAUGAUGUCAAAGGUCAUGGCGCCACAAGUUCCAAGUCAGAAAAUGAAAUAGCUUCCUUUUCUUUAGAACCGUCACCCCCGGGUAUGGAACCCCAAUAUCAAGUGGUGGAAGGAAAACGAAAAACGAACCAUGAACACACUCCCAAAAACCAUGAUAUAGUACAGUCCGAAAUCAGGGCUGUACAGUUGUCCUAUCUUUACCUUGGGGCUAUGAAAUCUCUCAGUGCUCUUCUCAGUUGCAGUAAAUACGCGGAAUUGCUUCUUAUACCAAAAGUUCUGGCUGAAAACGGCCACAAUUCCGACUGCGCGAGUUCUCCAGUUGUUCAUGAAGAUGUUGAAAUGCGAGCGGCGUUACAGUUCCUGAUGAGGCACAUGGUGAAACGAGCGGUUAUGCGAUCUCCCAUAAAGAGAGCCCUAGGAUUGGCGGAUUUGGAAAGAGCCCAAGCCAUGAUCUACAAGUUAGUGGUCCAUGGUCUUUUGGAGGAUCAGUUUGGUGGCAAAAUUAAGCAAGAAGUUGAUCAACAAACCGAAGAAAAUGAACCAACUCAACAGGCCCAGACUCCAGUUACCACCAGUCCUUCUGCUUCUAGCACCACGUCGUUUAUGAGCAGUUCUCUGGAAGAUACUACUACAGCUACCACCCCAGUAACUGAUACCGAAACAGUGCCUGCUUCAGAGUCACCGGGAGUUAUGCCCCUUAGUCUUCUAAGGCAAAUGUUCUCUAGUUACCCAACUACCACUGUACUUCCUACCCGCCGGGCACAGACUCCUCCGAUAUCCUCUCUGCCAACCUCUCCUUCUGAUGAAGUAGGAAGGAGGCAAAGCCUGACCUCUCCCGAUUCUCAGACUACAAGGCCCUCCAAUCGAACAGCUUUGUCAGAUCCAAGUAGUCGACUUUCAACUUCUCCUCCUCCACCGGCAAUUGCUGUGCCCUUGUUGGAAAUGGGAUUCUCUCUCCGACAGAUUGCAAAAGCCAUGGAAGCCACAGGCGCAAGAGGAGAAGCAGAUGCUCAGAAUAUCACAGUCCUGGCCAUGUGGAUGAUCGAACAUCCCGGGACAGAGGAAGAUGAAGAGCCUCAGUCUGGCAACACCGCGGAUGCCCGGCACGGAGCAGCAAUUUCAGGAAACAGCGGGAAGUCGAAUGAUCCCUGCUAUCUGCAGUCACCUGGGGAUAUACCCUCUGCUGAUGCGGCUGAAAUGGAGGAGGGCUUUAGUGAAAGUCCUGAUAAUCUGGAUCACUCGGAGAACGCAGCUUCUGGAAGCGGCCCUCCCUCCAGAGGGAGAUCAGCAGUAACAAGAAGACACAAAUUUGAUUUAGCGGCUCGGACACUGUUAGCACGAGCAGCGGGGCUAUACCGCUCUGUACAGGCCCAUAGAAAUCAGAGCCGGAGAGAAGGAAUAUCUUUGCAGCAAGACCCUGGAGCACUGUAUGACUUCAACUUAGAUGAGGAGUUAGAAAUCGAUCUUGAUGAUGAAGCAAUGGAAGCAAUGUUUGGACAAGACCUGGCCAGUGAUAAUGAUAUUCUGGGAAUGUGGAUCCCAGAGGUAUUGGAUUGGCCUACAUGGCAUGUCUGUGAGUCCGAAGAUAGAGAAGAAGUGGUGGUCUGUGAGCUCUGUGAAUCCAGCGUGGUGAGCUUCAAUCAGCACAUGAAAAGAAACCAUCCUGGCUGUGGACGGAGUGCUAACCGGCAGGGAUAUCGGAGCAAUGGUUCCUACGUGGAUGGAUGGUUUGGUGGUGAAUGUGGAAGCGGAAAUCCAUAUUACUUGUUGUGUGGCAGUUGCCGGGAGAAAUAUUUGGCUCUGAAGACUAAAUCCAAGGCAUCGACUUCGGAAAGGUACAAAGGACAAGCCCCAGAUUUAAUUGGCAAGCAGGACAGCGUCUAUGAAGAAGACUGGGACAUGCUCGAUGUUGAUGAGGAUGAAAAGCUCACGGGCGAAGAAGAAUUUGAAUUGCUUGCUGGACCUUUGGGUUUAAAUGAUCGUCGUAUAGUACCAGAGCCAGUUCAGUUCCCCGACAGUGAUCCCCUGGGGGCCUCAGUAGCAAUGGUUACUGCCACGAACAGCAUGGAAGAAACACUAAUGCAAAUAGGUUGCCAUGGCUCGAUAGAAAAAUGUUCUUCUGGGAGAAUAACCCUGGGAGAGCAAGCUGCUGCUCUUUUAAACCCACACGACCGUGUAAUGGCUUUAAGAAGAGUGACAGCGGCAGCUCAGGUCCUUUUAGCAAGAACUAUGGUUAUGAGGGCACUUUCCCUGCUCUCUGUCAGUGGUUCCAGUUGCAGUCUUGCCGCUGGUCUUGAAUCCUUGGGCUUAACGGAUAUCCGGACGUUGGUUCGAUUAAUGUGCUUGGCUGCAGCGGGAAGGGCUGGUCUGUCCACAAGUCCUUGCACUCUGGCUAGUUCCUCUGAGCGUUCUCGAGGCGUACACAGCAAGACGAGCAAGCCAAUAUCUUGCCUAGCAUAUCUGAGCACAGCUGUGGGCUGCUUAGCAUCUAAUGCACCUAGUGCUGCCAAACUGUUGGUGCAGUUGUGUACACAGAACCUGAUUUCUGCUGCAACGGGUGUAAAUUUGACCACAGUUGACGAUCCAAUUCAACGAAAGUUUCUGCCUAGUUUUUUGCGAGGAAUUGCAGAAGAGAACAAACUUGUAACCUCUCCCAACUUUGUAGUAACUCAGGCCCUUGUAGCAUUGCUAGCCGACAAAGGAGCUAAAUUGAGGCCUAAUUAUGAUAAAGCAGAAAUUGAAAAGAAAGCAGGCUUUAUUGCCCAAUUGUAUGCCCAUCCUUCCUAUGAUCCUUCUGCUGUAGGCCCUCUGGAACUGGCUAAUGCACUGGCAGCUUGCUGCUUGUCUUCAAGGCUUUCAUCACAACACAGGCAGUGGGCUGCUCAACAGCUUGUGCGGACUCUAGCCGCACAUGAUCGAGACAAUCAAACGAGUCCUCAGACUCUUGCCGACAUGGGAGGAGAUCUUAGGAAAUGCUCCUUGAUAAAGCUGGAAGCUCAUCAGAACAGGGUGAUGACAUGUGUUUGGUGUAAUAAAAAGGGGCUUUUGGCCACCAGUGGCAAUGAUGGCACCAUUAGAGUAUGGAAUGUUACCAAAAAACAGUAUUCAUUGCAACAAACUUGUGUAUUUAACCGACUGGACAGUGAAUCAGAAGAAAGUCUGGGGUCACCGGGUGAUCCAAGCUUCUCACCUGUCUCCUGGAGUAUCAGUGGAAAAUAUCUAGCUGGAGCUCUGGAAAAGGUGGUGAAUAUUUGGCAAGUCAAUGGAGGAAAAGGACUAGUAGACCCUCAACCACACUGGGUGUCUGCGUUGGCUUGGCCGGAGGAGGGUGUGCCUGCAACCUGGUCCGGGGAGUCUCCAGAAUUGCUGCUCGUGGGACGUAUGGAUGGGUCUCUUGGAAUUAUCGAAGUUGUGGAUGCGUCAACCAUGCAUCGGCGGGAACUGGAGCAUUGCUAUCGAAAGGAUGUGUCUGUUACUAGCAUUGCCUGGUUCAGUGAAGACAGGCCAUUUGCGGUGGGGUAUUUUGAUGGUAAAUUGCUGUUGGGAACAAAGGAGCCGCUUGAUAAAGGAGGCAUUGUUCUGGUUGACGCACAUAAGGAGACUAUUGUUAGUAUGAAAUGGGAUCCAACUGGUCAUAUUCUAAUGACUUGUGCCAAAGAAGAAAAUGUGAAACUUUGGGGCCCACUAGCAGGGUGUUGGAGGUGCUUACAAUCCCUCUCCCAUCCAUCUACUGUGAAUGGGAUCGCCUGGUGCCAUCUUCCAGGGAAAGGACCCAAGCUACAACUUUUGGUGGCUACUGGCUGCCAGAAUGGUUUAGUGUGUGUUUGGAGUGUUCCUCAAGACAUAGUGAACAUACUACAGUCCAGUCCAAGUAGUUCAGAAGGCUGGUGGGAUCCAGGGUCAAACUGUAAGGACGGACAUCGGAAAGCCGUGGAAGUGAAGUGUAUCUAUCAGCUCCGGGGACACAUUACCCCCGUUCGAACAGUUGCUUUCAGUUGGGAUGGCCUGGCCCUGGUGUCUGGUGGACUUGGAGGGCUCAUGAACAUUUGGUCCUUAAGGGAUGGUUCGGUGCUGCAGACUGUUGUGAUAGGGUCUGGAGCUAUUCAGACCACAGUAUGGAUCCCUGAUGUUGGGGUUGCCGCUUGUUCUAAUAGAUCAAAGGAUGUUUUGGUGGUGAAUUGCACAUCAGAAUGGAUAGCUGCCAAUCAUGUCCUAGCAACAUGUAGGACUGCGCUGAAACAGCAGGGUAUUUUGGGUUUAAACAUGGCUCCUUGCAUGAGAGCAUUCUUGGAAAGACUGCCUAUAAUGCUUCAGGAACAGUAUGCCUAUGAAAAGCCACACGUAGUUUGUGGGGAUCAGCUUGUUCACAGUCCUUACAUGCAGUGCCUGGCUUCACUUGCUGUUGGACUUCAUCUAGAUCAGCUUCUGUGUAAUCCACCCGUUCCCCCUCAUCACCGGCAUUGCCUCCAUGAGCUCUCAACGUGGAAUCCGACCGAGUGGGCUUGGUUAGAGUGUUUCUCAACGACCAUAAAAGCUGCAGAAGCCCUGGCAAAGGGAGCUCAGUUCCCAGAAUCCUUUACCGUUCCCGAUCUGGAGCCCGUACCAGAAGAUGAGCUUGUACUUCUAAUGGAUAACAGUAAAUGGAUUAAUGGAAUGGAUGAACAAAUUAUGUCUUGGGCAACAUCGAGACCCGAGGACUGGCAUUUGGGAGGCAAAUGUGAUGUCUACCUGUGGGGUGCCGGCCGGCACGGACAGUUGGCUGAGGCCGGGAGAAAUGUCAUGAUCCCCGCAGCAGCACCUUCGUUUUCACAGGCUCAACAGGUUAUCUGUGGUCAAAAUUGUACUUUUGUUAUACAGGCCAAUGGCACAGUGUUGGCUUGUGGAGAAGGUAGUUAUGGUAGAUUGGGACAAGGAAAUUCAGAUGACCUUCACGUUUUGACAGUUAUUUCAGCCUUGCAAGGCUUUGUGGUAACGCAGCUCGUGACUUCCUGUGGCUCUGAUGGGCAUUCCAUGGCCUUGACAGAAAGCGGUGAGGUUUUCAGCUGGGGAGACGGAGACUACGGCAAACUUGGCCACGGGAAUAGUGACCGGCAGCGCCGACCUAGACAAAUAGAGGCCUUACAAGGAGAAGAGGUUGUACAGAUGUCAUGUGGCUUCAAGCACUCGGCCGUGGUGACUGCAGAUGGCAAAAUGUUUACGUUUGGAAAUGGCGACUACGGACGAUUGGGCCUGGGAAACACCUCGAACAAGAAACUUCCCGAGAGAGUGACAGCGUUGGAGGGCUAUCAGAUUGGACAGGUGGCUUGUGGAUUAAACCAUACAUUAGCUGUGUCAACGGAUGGCUCAAUGGUGUGGGCAUUUGGGGAUGGAGACUAUGGAAAACUUGGUUUAGGAAAUUCAACAGCAAAAUCUUCACCACAGAAAGUCGAUGUCCUCUGUGGAAUUGGAAUCAAAAAGGUUGCCUGUGGGACACAGUUUUCUGUUGCAUUGACAAAGGAUGGUCAUGUAUAUACCUUUGGACAGGACCGACUGAUAGGCUUGCCAGAAGGACGUGCUCGAAAUCACAACAGGCCCCAGCAAGUUCCGGUCCUAGCUGGAGUUGUGAUUGAAGAUGUAGCAGUGGGAGCGGAGCAUACUUUAGCCAUAACAUCCACAGGAGAUGUGUAUGCCUGGGGUAGUAAUUCCGAAGGGCAGCUUGGAUUGGGCCAUACAAACCAUGUCCGAGAGCCGACGUUAGUAACAGUUCUGCAAGGGAAGAACAUUCGACAGAUUUCAGCCGGCCGCUGUCACAGUGCUGCUUGGACUGCUCCUCCUGUUCCUCCUAGAGCCCCAGGUGUAUCGGUGCCUUUACAGCUCGGUUUACCAGAUGGCAUUCCACCCCAGUACGGUGCUCUGAAGGAAGUGAGCAUUCAUACAGUCAGAGCCAGGCUUAGACUGCUGUACCACUUCUCGGAUCUCAUGUACUCUUCGUGGAGGCUACUUAAUCUCAGCCCCAAUAAUCAGAACAGCACAUCUCAUUACAGUGCCGGAACGUGGGGGAUCGUCCAGGGGCAGCUCAGGCCACUGCUAGCCCCCAGAGUGUACACUCUGCCCAUGGUGCGCUCCAUAGGAAAAACUAUGGUUCAGGGCAAAAACUAUGGACCACAGAUUACUGUGAAAAGAAUAUCGACCAGAGGUCGGAAGUGUAAGCCCAUUUUUGUACAAAUUGCAAGACAAGUGGUAAAACUGAACGCGUCCGAUCUUCGCCUGCCCUCCCGGGCCUGGAAAGUGAAGCUGGUCGGAGAGGGAGCCGAUGAUGCUGGGGGAGUGUUUGAUGACACCAUUACCGAGAUGUGCCAGGAACUUGAAACUGGGGUAGUAGAUCUCUUUAUUCCUUCCCCUAAUGCAACUGCGGAAGUGGGCUACAACAGGGACAGGUUCCUUUUUAACCCUUCCGCCUGCUCAGAUGAACAUCUAAUGCAGUUUAAGUUCUUGGGGAUUCUGAUGGGCGUUGCCAUUCGUACCAAGAAGCCUCUAGAUCUUCACUUGGCCCCCAUGGUCUGGAAACAACUGUGCUGUAUCCCACUUACUCUGGAGGAUCUAGAGGAAGUGGAUCUGCUCUAUGUGCAGACCCUUAACAGCAUUCUUCACAUUGAAGACAGUGGGAUCACUGAAGAGAAUUUCCAUGAGAUGAUUCCUCUUGAUUCUUUUGUUGGGCAGAGUGCUGAUGGCAAAAUGGUUCCCAUAAUCCCUGGUGGGAACAGCAUCCCGCUAACAUUUUCCAACAGGAAAGAGUACGUGGAGAGAGCUAUCGAGUACAGGCUCCAUGAAAUGGAUCGGCAGGUGGCGGCAGUGCGAGAGGGAAUGUCUUGGAUCAUCCCUGUCCCCUUGUUAUCCCUUCUCACCGCAAAGCAGCUGGAGCAAAUGGUCUGCGGGAUGCCCGAGAUCUCUGUGGAGGUCCUAAAAAAAGUUGUGCGGUACCGCGAAGUUGAUGAACAACACCAGUUAGUGCAGUGGUUUUGGCACACCUUGGAAGAGUUCUCCAAUGAGGAGAGAGUCCUUUUCAUGAGGUUUGUGUCUGGAAGAUCUCGCCUGCCGGCCAACACAGCCGACAUCUCCCAGCGAUUCCAAAUAAUGAAGGUUGAUAGGCCUUACGACAGCUUGCCUACCUCACAGACCUGUUUCUUUCAACUGAGGCUUCCACCUUACUCCAGUCAGCUAAUCAUGGCAGAGCGUUUGCGCUAUGCAAUCAAUAACUGCAGGUCUAUAGAUAUGGACAAUUAUAUGCUGUCACGCAACGUGGACAAUGCAGAGGGCUCAGACACAGAUUACUAGUCUGUGAACAAAAUCAUCUAUCCACCACAAAAUAAUGCCCAUCUCCAAUUCAAUGUUGACAGUUUUAUGGUAACCAUAGUUGUUUUAGGAGCAUAAACCAAUAUUUUAAGCAGUGGCCACAUUUAGUUACUCUAAAUGUAACAAAAAAAUUAGAUGUUUUUAUUUUUCUGUGACUGUAAAAAAAAAAAAAGGCAGAAGAAGUGCUCUCAGUAAGGUUUUUUUUUUUUCCCUCCAUAUUUUGGUCACUUUUGAUAAGUUUGCAUGGAGCCAUUUUGGUGCAUUUGGGGCGGGGGUGGGUGGGGGGGAGAG